AGACAUGCAAUUCACCGGUAGUCCUCCUUCUCUGGAAUCCGACCCUGGCGGCGGCGGCGGCGGAGGAGGAGGAGACUGUUACGGCCGUCUCCCUGAUUCCGAAUCAUCUUACCGGAAUUCACUCAAACAUGGAGGCCCAUCCCGCAGUCAUCGGAGAACCUCCGUCAACGGAUAUGCUCUCGCCGGCGCGAUUCUCGCCUCCACGAAUUCAAUCCUCCUGGGCUACGACAUCGGAGUGAUGAGCGGCGCGGCGCUUUACAUCAAGGAAGACCUCCAAAUCUCAUCGACCCAAGAAGAAAUCCUAGUGGGCUGUCUCAACAUAUUCUCCCUAAUCGGCUCCUUAGCCGCCGGUAAAACCUCCGACCAAAUCGGCCGGCGCUACACCAUCCUCCUCGCAGCAGCCACAUUCUUCCUGGGCGCAAUCCUAAUGGGAAUCGCACCAUCGUUCCCUUUCCUCAUGGCCGGCAGGGUAGUCGCCGGAAUCGGCGUCGGAUUCUCCCUGAUGAUCGCUCCGGUCUACUCCGCCGAGCUCUCCCCUGCCUCCACCCGCGGAUUCCUCGCCUCCCUCCCCGAAGUCUUCAUCAACGUCGGAAUCCUCUUGGGUUACAUCUCCAAUUACUUCCUCGCCGGCCUUCCGGCGAGCCUCAAUUGGCGGGUAAUGCUCGGAUUGGCCGCACUCCCGGCUCUCCUGGUCGGAUUCGCCGUCGUUUUCAUGCCCGAAUCGCCCCGCUGGCUCGUGAUGAAAGGCAGAUUCGCCGAGGCGAAACGGGUCCUGAUCAAAACGUCCUCGUCGGAGGAAGAGGUUGAAUCAGUUGACUCGAGGGUCAACGAAAUGGUGAAGGCGUCACUGGACUUGCCUUCAAAUGGACCGUCUUGGCACGAGCUAAUCUCCCCGAGGUCGAAUGCGAUUCGACGAAUUGUAAUCGCGGCGAUCGGGGUCAACUUCUUCAUGCAGGCUUCCGGCAACGAUGCGGUGGUUUAUUACAGUCCUGAAGUGUUCAAAGACGCCGGAAUUUCGAGCAAGAGACAGCUGGUUGGAGUCACGGUGAUAAUGGGAGUGGCUAAAGCUUCUUUCGCCUUGGUUUCGGCUCUGUUUCUCGACCGGUUCGGGCGGCGGCCGCUUCUGCUAACAAUUUUGUAA